AUGGAGAGCAUCUGUAGGGUUGCUUUGCGCCAACCCCGCAGCCUCUUCUCCCACCCGGAGCCAGCACAACAUGAUGAUUCGACCAUCGACGAGGUCCAGCAAGAGGCGAGUGCAAGAGUGGAGAGAGUACUUACGAACUAUCGCCUUUUGAACGAAAUCGUCCAUCGUCAUGAGGCUAAGAUCCGGAGACGAUGGCGCAAGAAGAAUCAGUUGCAGCGAUCAAAGAUCCUCCUCGAGUGCUGGCCUCAUAUGCCGGCAAAGCACCAACCCGACUUCGACACUUGGUUCCGUCAAAACAAACGCAAAGCCACGGAUAUGGGCGCGGAGGAGAAGGACUACUUCAAGUGGCCUUAUGUAAACCAAGAAGACUUGUCAAGCGCGACAUCCCUCCUCCUCCUACUCAACGCCCGCGGCAGAAAUCACCCGACCGACUUUGCCGCUGCGGAUAGUGACGCCAUGAAUCUGGGCAAAUGCAGCUACAUCAUCGUCGCUGUUAACCUCAGUGGGUAUACGAUGAUGCUCAACUCUGCCAGGCAAGACGGGAGCUACGGAAGACUGCUGUCCUGGGAGGAACAUCCGGGCUCUGAGGAGAUGAUACGCUCCGGUCAACAGUAUUCCCCUGGCGAGGGUCUCCUCGUCCUCGAGGCCCAAGAUCGACUCCUCGAGUUCUUAGUGCAGUGCUGCCGCAAGGUGCUGCACGACAUACCCCCAGCAGAUAUCCUCAGUGCGCUCCACCCGGUCGAAGAAGAGCCACCGCCCAUAUCCUCUACCGGCAUCGACGGCACCACUCACUUGGCUAUCUUGGCAGAGGAGGCGCCCUAUCGUCUCCCAGCGGGUUUUGACCUUAGCAACAUCCAGUCGCUUCUCGCUGCCCAAGUUGCUCGUGCUGAAGACCACGUCUUGUCGCUGCGUGAAGACCCGAGUUACUUCGCGGAGCAUCUUCACGAUGCGAGUGAGCACUGCGAUGAAAGAAUCAGAGAUGUCCAUGGUUUGAUCCAUCCUUUUCUCACGGAUCCGAAGCAUAAGGAUAUGAUGUGCGCACGGAACGCCAGCAGUGUAGUGUACGAGGCGUACAAUCGAAUGGAGGUAUUCUACGAGCUUGAACAAUUCGCCAGGGAGCUGCAGUCUCUUCAGUCGAAACAUGCAGACAACAUAGUCCCGGAGAAAGACUUGCCUGAUGACUUACUCACGGCUCUGCUGAAAUUUCGUCGCUGUCUCCACGAGGUGGUCAAGGGCGCAUUGGCUCAGCUCGACGAAACAGCGCCAGCCUCGCCUCCUCUCCGGGACAGCUUCGUCAGAAAAGAUACUGUCUUUCCGGUGCUAGGGCACACUUUGAGAACUAGACCCGUCAAAGGCGGCAUCGGCAGUCGUAGCAAGGGGCCACUGCUGCCGCUGCUGCAGACACUGUGGGAAAACGGUCCGAUUCUUGAGGCCGUACGCCUGCCGUUGAUGAUCAAUGAAAUCGAUCGGCAAGUGAGAAUGAACCCGGAGUCCGGGAAGCAGAUCUCGCCCUACGUGGCCAUGGUGAUUGGUGAGAUAUCCAUUCUUGGCGAAUGCAUUCGCCAGGUUGAUGCAUAUUUUCCUUGGGCGAGGAGCUUCCGGUUCAAGUUGGGACACCAGGAAGAUACCACGCAAACGGUACAGGAUGGCCAUAUUUGCGCGACGAGGGAGGCCCUGCUUGCCUUGAUGCCCCUCGUUCUCACGCCCUUCGCGCCGCUCAUGGACCCUUCGGACAACAAGUUUGAUUAUCCGACAGAGAGGAGCCGUAACGAGCAAAACGUUGCGAAGCUUCGGGCAGCCGAGCUUGCUCUGGAUAGCUUCUGGGAGGCGGCGGACGACCGCUUGACGAUUGUCCGUAAGGAGGCCAGCGGCCUAGGACGCCUCCUUGCUCGCCGGCGGCCGCCGUACCGAACGCCUGAAUGGGUCGAGCCGCCGCCCAAGGCGAAACGCACCAAGCUCACCACUCCCGACCGAGAUACCCCCGUGAACACGUUUUCAGCAUUCGAACUCAACGAGCAGCCAAUCUCUGCUCGCAAGGAAGUGUCGGCGGCGACACCAAAGCCAAAGGUCAAGACCCGAGGCACUCCUGGUCCGGCGGCUGCUGGAUCAUCGUCUUCGACCCCCGAGGAAGCCUCCGAUGAAGGCCCCGCGGACCCUCAACCUCCGCUCGAGGUGGACGCCCGGGCCCUCAGCGUAUUCCGGAUCCUGUUCUUCAACCCGGUCUUCCACACGACCCCCGGCGAGGUGCCCUGGAAGGAGUUUCUGCACGCCAUGCGCGCGGCCGGGUUCAGCGCCCAAAAGCUCUACGGAUCGGUGUGGCACUUCCGGCCCGAGACGAUCGACCUGGACCGGAGCAUUCAGUUCCACGAGCCGCAUCCGAUUGGCAAGCUCUCAUUCCGGGUGGCUCGGCGGUACGGCAGGAGGCUGCAUCGUGCUUACGGAUGGGAUGGAGGCAUGUUUGCCAUGGAACACAAGGCGUAA